AUGAAAGAGCUUGCAGUCGUGGAAAACCAAGCAACGGAGAAGUAUCUGCGGAUAGCAUCAAUCUCCAUUGCAUUAUAUGAUUAUAUCAUCACCCUCCCUGCAGAAUGGCGGUUUUACCGAAGCCAAUCGUCACUUUUUCGUCUCCGCCUUGCCUGCAUCUUAUUCAUUCUCAUACGUAAUUACGGAGUCUUCUCCACUGGUUUCACACAAGAAACGUGUAAACAUUACUAUAUGGUUGCGCCUGUCUUCAAAGUUAUGCAGACUAUGAUAUCACAAGUCAUCCUAGGUGUCAGGACAUUCAAUAUUGCAAGGAGGGAUAGGCGGAUAGGAAUUACACUAGUGGUGCUAUACUUCGUCUCAAUUUCGUUUAGCUGGAGUGGUUCACCAAUAUGUUCAACCGGAUACGUGAGCUCUGGCCCAUAUUUUGAUCUCGAGUUCAUGUUGACAUCAGAACCAAUAGCUGUCGUUGUUAGUGGAAAUUGCACUCCAGGAAAUUCUGGUAAAAUACUGUCGGCAUGGUUCUACUACACCGUUUCGAUGUUGUAUGACCUCGCAGUAUUGACCAUCUCCACCGUAUAUCUUCUGCGCUACAAUCCUCUCAGCAACAGACUGGAACAGCUGGUACGGGUCCUGAUCUAUGACGGCAUUGGAUAUUUCGUCGUGCUGACAGGAUCGAACAUAUUAAACAUCGUCCUUUAUCAUACAUCCAAUAUCCAGACCCAGGAUUGCUCACAGGGAACCACUAGGGCAUCAAUAGGUUUUGCUGUAAUAUGGAUCAUGAGCCAACGGAUUCUCAUCCAUCUGCGAGAGCUCUCAGAAGCAGAGAACCGACGUUUGGACAACAUAGUCGCCGCGCGUUCCCCACAAAAUGCUCGAGACGUGGUGUCCGCUAUCCGUUCUCCGCUCAGCCCCAAAAAUCAUAUUGAUCCUGAAUUUGGACUCAGAUCGUUCGAUGGUGUGCGCACUGAUGACAUGGAACUUGACAUAUGUACAUGUGUCAAGCCCUUGGUGACGUUGGACCACACGGAUGAAUGUGGGGUUUCUAGUUCAUGGGAUAAUCCGAUGGAAAAUUGA